UGAUAACCUUGUAAAAGCCGGACAUGGAGUAUACCACGUUUUAUGCACGAUAUAGCUGGUUCCCAAAGGAUCAAGAACUCUACCUAAAUUUGAUUCCUGCUCUUUUACAACUGUUGGUGGUUAUCACAAAUAUGUUCAUUCUCAUCUUAUUCUUCUGGAGACAGUGGUUUGGAGGCGUUAAUGUGAUUCUGAUUGGCAUGGCUCUCUCUGACAUGGCGUCCGUGGUGCUGCUCCUGAUCUCCUACUUGUUCGCCCUGACAUUACACAUCCAUUCUGUGGACCCACAAAGUGAAUUUCAGAUUCAUUUCUUAUGUAUUACCUACAAAUAUGGAACGACCCUAUCCAUAACCUUCAACAUGACAUCCAUUUGGCUGAUGAUGUUUCUUGGAAUCGUUAAAUUCAUUUUGGUCCGUUUUCCGCUAAAGGCAAAGCUUUACACGACAACCAGGAGACUGUUGCUAGGGACCAUGGCAGUAUACAUAAUAACUUUCUUGUGCAAUAUUCCUCGGUUCCUAACAGACAAUUAUGAUAUCACUGCAAAGUUGUAUCCUGAAGAAUUGAAAAAGACUGACAGUUUCUACUGUGCAAUAAAAAGCUUCAAAAAUGAAAACUUCCAGAUGUUUUUGCAGAGGGAUGAUCGUCUGACCCGGGCAAUCUGUAUCCAUGUUAUUCCUGUUCUUGUCUUGGUGUGUACCAGUACAUACUUCUGUUAUAAACUAUCAAGAAGAAGAUAUGAUUUCAGACCAACUCCAGCAUCAAGGCGGUCAGUGAAAAUUGUCACUGCUCUAACGAUUGUACAUCUUAUGUCCGAAAUCCCAUUUUCUGUUUUCUUUUGCUUGCAAUAUUAUAUGGUAGUUACCAAACAGCCGAUCAAUUUUAUAAUUGAAAAUGGUCCUCAAUUAAUAUUUGUUUUGUACGUUUUGCGCUUUUUGAAUUAUUUUAGUAACUUUUGGGUCUACAUUUUGUUUAACAAGAAAUUUCGCGAUAUCUGCCGGUCCCUUUUCUUUCGUUGUCGAAGUUUAGUUUUUAUUUAACCUUCUAGUUCUUGGUAUUCAACUGUAU